AAGAUAUCCAUCCCUCCGCGGCUCAUUCUCCAUUUUGCUCGCAUCAAUUCAGUGAACAUGGACCCUGUGGCGAUUUCUGCGUUGUGCUUGGAAGAGAUCCAAACGUGGAACUCCCAAGAAGAAGCGGCGGACCUGAUGGUGCCGCUAAUCGGCAACUUGUACCGCCGCAAGAACAUCGUCACGACGAUCUUCGGCAAGGGCCUCGUGCACCAGAACAGCAUUGACAUCAUCAAACUCCAUUCGUACGUGUGCAAGCACGUGGGCAAGGAGAUGAUGCCCACCGACACCCUUCCCGUGCUCCAAGUGAUCACCGAAUUGAACUCGUUGAGUGCCACCCGCUUGGAUUUGGGACGCACGUUCUUGCUCGUGUGCGGCGGUGCCAACACCAAGACCCCCACCAAGGAAGACAUUGCCCGCGUCUUGAAGCAAUUGAUCAUCCAAACGUCUCCCCGCACGCUGUCGUUGUCCAAGCCCCGAGACAUUGUCUUGUACGGGUUUGGUCGCAUCGGUCGACUGUUGGCGCGCCUUCUCGUGGAAAAGUCCGGCUCGGGCGCAAAACUCAUGCUUCGCGCCAUUGUCGUCCGCAAGGGGUCCAAGGAAGAUUUGAAGAAGCGCGCGAGUUUGCUGCGUCGCGACUCGGUGCACGGGUCGUUCCAAGGCACGAUCUCGUUCAACGAAGAAGCCAAUGCGUUUAUUGCCAACGGCAACGUGAUCCAAGUGAUUUACUCGGACGGCCCAGACAAAUGCGACUACACGGCGUACGGCAUUGAAAACGCCGUCGUGAUCGACAACACUGGCAUCUGGCGCGACGCCGAGAGCCUCGGCCGCCAUCUCAAGAGCCCAGGCGUCUCGGACGUGGUGCUCACGGCGCCGCCCAAGGGCGCGUCCGUGCCAACAAUCGUGGCCGGCGUCAACGACCACGUGAUCAGCGGCGAGCACAAGAUCUACUCGUGCGCGUCGUGCACGACCAACGCCAUCGCGCCACUUUUGUUUGCCCUGGACAGCAAGUACGGCAUCGACGAAGGCCACAUCGAGACGGUGCACUCGUUCACAAACGACCAAAACCUCAUCGACAACUACCACAUGAAGGACCGCCGCGGCCGCAGCGCCGUCAUGAAUAUGGUGAUCACGGAAACGGGCGCUGCUGCUGCCGUGGAAAUCGUCCUGCCGACCAUGAAGAACAAGCUCACGGCCAACUCGAUCCGCGUGCCGACGCCCAACGUGAGCCUGGCCAUCAUGACGCUGCACUUGAACCCAGAAAAGGCCGGCACGCUCACCGCCGACGAUAUCAACGCGUACGCUGCCAAGCUGAGCUUGAACUCGCCGCUGCAGCACCAAAUCGACUUUAUUAACUCAAACGAAGCCGCGUCCUCCGACUUUGUCGGGUACCGCGCGUCCGGCAUCGUCGAUGGACAAGCCACGAUCGUCCGCGGCAACAAAGUCAUCCUGUACGUGUGGUACGACAACGAGUUUGGGUACUCGUGCCAAGUCAUGCGCGUGGUCCAGCGGAUCUGCGGCAUUUCGUUGCCCAAGUUCCCCGACCAGUCGCACGUCGACAUGAUCGACAGCGCGUUGAGUUUUUGAUAUAGAUAGUUGAUUCAAACGACUAUACUCCUAGUAGUUAGUUGGAAAGCAAGCAUUCUGGCCAUGAAAUAUAUAUUUUUGUACACUGGACA